AUGUCUUCACGCCCCCUCAUCGUCACUAUCUUUCCUCAAGGCGAAUUCCUUUUCCGAAAACUUUUCAUCCACCAAAAACUCGCGAUGUUUUCCGCUUUCAAAACUAGUUAUAUCCCUGAGGUGACAUCACUUAUCAAGAAGCACGGGAUCUACUAUGCGCUCUAUAUCAAGAAUCUCGGAUUUUUUGUCAACACCAAUCUGGAAGAUGUUGGCGACGACGGCUACAUUGCCAUGAGCACCGGCGUACGCAAGAUCGUGUCUGGGUUGAAAGACCUUAUUGGGCUCACAUCAUCCGAGUGGUGCAUCCUGGCCUUUUGGGGCCUCCAACUAAGAAGUAAAGCAGCAGACUUUCUCGCAAAGCACGCCCAUAAGAUCUUUGAGGCACGGGGACGUACAGGGCCACACUCCAAGUAUAACCUGGAUUAUAUUUCUUGGACUGUCUAG